GAGCACAACAAAAGCUUUUCUUUUUUCCACAAAGAGUUUUGAGCUGUAACAGAAACAGGAAAUAUCAAAUUCUUGCAUUUGCACCAUGCUGUUGUUUCUGUCUCAUGUGGCUCUACUGCUUCAUUUUGGAAUCAAAGAUUCUGCAUGCAGCAAGACUGCAGAAAUCCCUGAGGUUAUUAAAGCUAGAUUAGGAGAGGAGCUUACUUUAGACUGCACCUACAACUGCUCCUCUGGGUUCAUUCGUGGUUCUUGGAAAUGGGAAAACAUUCCAGCGUGUGCCACCUGUGUUUGGGAUAAGACAGACAAAAACACGAAUUGAUCAUCCAGAUCUCCCUAACAACCUUGAGCGCCUCGUUUCACUUCAGAUUCAAGGUACGAAACUGUCAGACUAGGGAAAGUCUACUGCUCUCGUUGGUAAGCAGAUUUAUCUGUAAUGUUGUUGGUGUUUAUUUAUGUCUAUGUUUGUGUUAGAUAAGACAACAGAACCAGUUAUCCAUCGUAAAAUAGCUCUAGAUGUAGUCAUGAAAGUUGCAAUUUACCAAAACCAGAAUGAGAUAAACCUUAUUCAUUUAAACAAGGGCCUAUCAUCGCAUUCCAUCCAAGUGCCAGUGGGAGAUAAACUAAGACUGGAAUGUUUUUCUACUGACCACCAUUGUGAAGGCCAGUGGAUGAGAGAAGAUGCUAAUCAUACAGAAAUCAUUACGGCCACACCGUUAGAAUGGAAUCAGAUUACAGAAAAAGAUGAGGGAACGUACACAUGCCAGACAAAAAAGCUUUGCACCAGCCAGAACAUUAGUCUUGUGAUUGGUGUCAUUAAAAUCGAUGACUUUGGAUGGAUCAGGCCAUUAGCUGCAACUGCACUGUCUGUAGCAGCCAUGCUGCUGCUUCUGUUGAUUUAUCUAUGCUACAAAAAGAGGGGGAAGAAUGUGUUGGAUGCUGAGGAUUUUUCAGCUGUGAUCUAUGAGAACACAAGAACCAAACAAGGAGAAUUAAUCCACAAACCCACAGUACAAGACUGCCAGAGCGAUCAUGAAGUACCGUAUGCCGAUAUUGUAAUCUCUGUGAGAGGCUCCAGUAUUCCCGAGCUCACAGGACUUCAUGGGCAAACUCCACGGGAUCACAGACCUCGAUGGAGGGAAGAGGCCACAAGUGCAUCUCAUCUUCAAGCAUGUCGUUCUGCUGACAGACUACAUGUUCACCCCAGAGAGGUCAGCAGGAAAUUGAGCACGAACUCUGAAUAUGCUGUGAUCACAUACUCUACAGAUGCACUUAAUUAAUCUAUUUACAUACAUAAGCAGUGUAAUAGUGUAAAUUAUACAAAUGCCAUCAGAUGUGUUUUAGAUAGUAUUUUAGAUAUCUGCAUGUGUGUUUGUGUGUGUGUGUGUGU